AUGACUAAAAAUCUUUAUACUCCAACUAUUUUCACCCAAAAGUAUGGAAGUCUAGGUGAGAAUGAAGCUUCAGAAUAUGCCAAACAAGUUGAAGAGUCAGCUUUUGCUGAUGCAAAUCAACACUAUGAGCUAGAACCUGAUGGAGAUGGCAGUUCUGCCGUGCAGUUGUAUGCUAGGGAGUGCAGUAAGCUCAUUUUAGAAGUUCUUAAAAAAGGUCACAGUGUGCAGGAGAAAGGGAUUGCAAAAUCUCAGGUUGUUUCUGCUGUCAGUGAAACCUUUUUUGAUAUUUCCAAAGGUCAACGUGCAUUUAUAGAAGCUGACGAGGCAAAAGCACUUCUGAUGCCAUUAAAAGAACCUGGAAAUGCCUAUACUGAACUUUGUUUUAGCAAUAGAAGCUUCGGUCUAGGUGCUGCUCAUGUUGCUGGGCCUAUCUUGGCAUCCAUAAAGAACCAGUUGAAGAAAGUUGAUCUGUCAGAUUUUGUUGCAGGAAGACCGGAGGCUGAAGCUCUUGAUGUUAUGAAUAUAUUCUCUGUAGCUCUGGAAGGCUCUCAUUUGACGUGUCUGAACCUGUCGGACAAUGCCUUGGGUGAGAAGGGAGUUAGGGCAUUUGAGAAGCUCUUGCAGUCUCAAACUAUCUUGGAGGAACUUUAUCUAAUGAACGAUGGGAUUUCAGAGGAAGCUGCUAGAGCUGUCUGUGAGUUGGUUCCUUCCACAGAGAAGCUUAGGGUUCUUCAAUUUCAUAAUAAUAUGACUGGAGAUGAAGGGGCUGUUGCUAUUUCUGAGAUUCUGAGGCGUUGUCCCUUGUUGGAGGAUUUUCGGUGCUCAUCUACACGAGUAGGCUCUGAAGGAGGAGUUGCUCUGUCUGAAGCACUUGGGGGGUGUAAGAAUCUGAAGAAACUUGAUCUACGGGACAACAUGUUUAGCGUAGAGGUUGGCAUCAAGUUGAGCGAGGCUCUUUCCAAACAUGAAUAUCUUACCGAGGUUUAUUUGAGCUACCUUAAUCUGGAAGAUGAAGGAGCAAUUACAAUAGCCAAUUCUAUCAAGGAGGCAGCCCCUUUGCUUGGAGUAUUGGAGAUGGCUGGAAAUGAUAUUACAGCUGAAGCUGCUUCCAGUUUAGCUGCUUGCAUUGCUGCAAAAAAGGCUCUCACAAAGUUGAACCUGUCUGAGAAUGAACUUAAGGACGAGGGUGCCAUUCAGAUCAGCAAGGCUCUUGAAGGUCAUGAUCAAGUGAAGGAAAUUGAUAUGAGCGUGAAUUCAUUAAGAAGGGUCGGGGCCAGAUCUUUAGCUCAGGCUUUGGUGCAUAAGCCCGACUUCAAGUUGCUUAAUGUUAAUGGGAACUUCAUUUCUGAUGAAGGUAUUGAUGAGUUGAGGGAUAUCUUCAAAGAAUCUCCGGAAAAGCUUGGACCCUUGGAUGAGAAUGAUCCUGAAGGAGGAGAUGAUGACGACAGAGAGUCUGGGGAUGAUGGAGACCCAGUUGAGAUUACAUCCCAUCCAUUUGCUGAAAUUCAGGUUCCACUGAUGUCUAUUCGUGUUGCAGUUACAGCGAUUCUGCUAAGAAAGUGGAUAUUUGUAAUUCAUCAAGGUUUUGACGAAGAGUAG